AUCUGCAUCAACAAUCCAAGAUGGGAAUCAGUAAAGCGAAUCCAAUGCAGGAAAGUUGCGGGAAAUAGCGAAUUCAGCAACAUGCAGCUCCCAGAAUGGUGGGCUAUAGACGUCACGAUUCAAUGACACAAACGCAGAAGCUCAUAGCCGGAUGCAUGUCAGGGGUGACCACGAGGUUCAUUGUGCAACCCAUGGACGUGGUAAAGCUCAGGGCGCAGUUGCAGAAGAAGCCCAAACGGAGGUCUGUCGUGUACCGCACUGCGCGCCGGAUAUUUCUCGAAGAAGGACUUGCUGCGUUCUGGCACGGGCAUAUGUUGGGGCAGAUGCAUUCAAUUUUAGCAGUCAGCAGUCAGUUCUAUGUAUACGAACUAACAACUCAAUUCACGUCGCAAAGAUUCAAUAUUCCCAAGAAGUAUAGACCCGUCCAACACUUCGUAUGCGGCAUGGCGGCUGGCUGUGUGUGCACGAUGCUGGUCAUCCCCCUGGAGGUAAUCCGAGUCCGUCAGAUGUUGGUGAAGGAUCAGUACAAGAGCAUAUGGAAGGGGGCGAGGGCAGUCUACCGUUACGGAGGAAUAUUCGCCUUCUAUGAGGGCCUGAGUGCAUCCCUGUUACAGAUGGGCCCACAAGUGGGAAUUUCCUUCGCAGUCUUCACAUUCUGCCAGCCGCUUCUCCUGAAGUACUUCUUCGAGUGCCCGCCGGACCAGUGCAACGCGAAGAUCGGCAACAACUACAAGCCUCAGAGCCUGGUGAUCGCCAGCUCCAUAGCCGGGUCGGCUGCCGGCUUCGUAUCAAAGUCGAUGACGUACCCCUUCGAUUUGGCGAAGAGAAGAUUACAGAUUGGGAGUCACAAAGUCAAUUUCAGCAAAUACAAGACGCCUAGUCAAUCGCGCAGUCUGACCCGGUGCAAGAAGCUGACGGAGUGCCUCUGGCGCGCCUACAAGCACGAGGGGAUGAAGGGUCUCUUCCGCGGUUGGACGGUCACCGUCUACAAGGCACAGCUAACCAGCGUCGUUGCCUUCACGUCGUACGAAAUGAUCUGUUAUACCCUGAGGGAGAUAUCUAACUGAAAGCCCAAGAAUAUGACACGGAUUAU